AAAAAUAAGAAGUAUAAAAUUUGUAUAACAAAUAUUUUUCAAUUCAUCUGUCUUCAAAAAAGUAUAAUCUGACAUGUUUUCUUACUUUUGUUAGAUGUAGUUUUAAACAUAUUUUUCAUAUUUCAUCCAUAUCUGUCACUGAAGUCACAUACAUUACGAGGGUAAUGUGGUGAACAGCCUUAAACAUAAUAUUUUUAAAGGAAGUGGUUAAAAUCGAACGAGUCAUAAGAAAUUCCAUAUUUUAUAUCCAAUCCAUAGCCGGUAAAAGCAUAAUGGAAACUUCCCGAAAUUAUAAAAAUCCUUUUCAGGAUUAUUUAAGUUCAUCCUGUCUUACCGUAUUGAAGCCAGAAGAAAAUACUAUAGCAGACAACUUUAAAGUUUUGCUAAUUACAAAUACCAAAAGAUUGGUACAAAAAUUAGAAGAAAAUAAAAAUGAUUGGACUUACCAUGAUGAUCAUUCUAUUUAUACAGGAACUGCUGGUAUAGCAAAUAUGUUUCAACUUUAUGCUGAUUAUUUCAAUGAACCUGCAUAUUAUUCUAAAGCAAUAGAAUUGUUACAAACCUGUAUCAAAAAAUUUAAAUGGAAAAGGGAAAUAACUUUUUUAACUGGCUUAUCUGGACCAUUAGCACUUGGAGCAGUUAUAUUUCAUAAACAUGGAAGUAAGGAUGAUUCACAAAAUGCAAUAUCUAAAUUGAUGUCUUUAUCAUCCCAUGUUAUAAAUGAACGUAGUGAAAUACCAGAUGAACUACUGUAUGGAAGAGCUGGAUAUCUUUUUUCUCUUCUUUAUAUAAAUUCAAAUAUAUCUCCACCUCCUAUAAAAACUGAUAUUAUCAAACAGGUUAUCUCUAGUAUAAUAAAAUCUGGAAAUAUAUACUCUACAUCGAGACAUUACAAAUCUCCACUUAUGUAUUCAUGGCAUGAUACAGAAUAUCUUGGUGCAGCUCAUGGACUGGCUGGUAUUCUCUACAUACUCUUACAAGCUCGAGAUUAUUUACAUGAAGAACAACUGAAAAAUUAUAUACUACCAGCUUUAUAUUAUCUUCAAGAUCUAAAAUAUCCGUCAGGAAAUUUUCCUUCUUCGAUAGGAAGUAAUACAGAUAAAUUGAUACACUGGUGUCAUGGAGCUCCAGGAAUGACUAUGUUAUUUUGCCUUGCCUAUGAGAUAUAUUCGGAUAAGAAAUUUUUAGAAACUGCUAUACAAUGUGGAGAAGUAAUUUGGGAAAGGGGUCUGUUGAAAAAAGGAUAUGGAAUAUGUCAUGGAGUUUCUGGAAAUGCAUAUACAUUUCUACAUCUGUAUCAACAAACAAAGGAUCUAAAACAUCUAUAUAGAGCUUGUAAAUAUGCGGAAUGGUGCUGUAAUUAUGGAGUAAAUCAAAAUAGAAUUCCUGAUAGACCAUUUUCUUUGUUUGAAGGUCUUGCUGGUGUAAUUUAUUUUCUUAUAGAUAUGCAAAAGCCAAGUAUGGCCAAAUUUCCAGCAUAUACUUUAUAAAGUUAACAUUUUUGGAUUAUCGUAUUUAUUACAACACAAUCUUCUUUGUGAUUACUUUUAGAAAGAAUGCGUUUUAUAAUAAAGCUUUCUAUAUAAAAUUGGAUGAGAUGGUACUGCAAAUUGUUCUCAAGUAUAUUCAUUGUUAAAAUUGCUCGUACUUUAUACUCGUUAUACUAUAUGACCCUUGUGAAAAAAUCCAUAAAAGAGAGAAAAUAUGAUGAUAUAUUAUGGAUAUAAACGAGAUUAGUACAAAACAAA